AUGCCCUUUCCGUCACUAACCCAUACGCACCAUUCUCCACCCCCUCCCUUCAUCUCCCUCCCAGGCAUAUUCGUGACGCUCAACCCGCGCUAUGCAGGCAGGGACCACCUGCCUGAGAGCCUGUCCGCCCUCCUGCGUCCUCUGACAGUCGCCGUCCCUGAUGCAUGUGCCAUCGCCCAUGUGACUCUGCUGUCGUGUGGGUUCUCGCAUGCUGAGAGGCUGGCUGACGCUGCCACCCGCAUAUUCCAGCACAGGAAUGCACAGAAAGUGAACAUCCCUGGUGCAUGCGCCAUCACCCGUAUGGCUGCUGCUGGUGCUGGUGCUCGUGCUGGUGCUGGUGCUCGUGCUGGUGCUGCUGCUGCUGCUGGUGCUGGUGCUGCUGCUGGUGCUGCUGCUGGUGCUGCUGCUGGUGCUGGUGCUGGUGCUGCUGCUGCUGCUGCUGCUGGUUGUGUGUCCAUGCUUCGCCCCCAUUUCCUUCCUCCUGGUUCUCUGUGGUUGCCAGUUCCUUUUCCAGCAGUCAGAGCAGUGCUUGGCCCCCCAACCCCAGAGUCAGAGCAGUGCUCGGCCCCCCAGCCUCAGUACGACUUCAGAGUCAGAGCAGUGCUUGGCCCCCCAGCCCCAGAGUCAGAGCAGUGCUUGGCCCCCCAGCCCCAGUACGAUUUCAGUCUGAGGGCGCUGAAAGCAGCUCUGAAAUCUUCUCUCACUCUCUCAUUUCGCUCCUUCCUCGUCAUCCCUCUUGUCUACCUUGCCCCGCAGGAGUCUGAGGAAUGCUUGGACCCCCAGCCUCAGUACGAUUUCAGUCUGAGAGCGCUCAAAGCAGCUCUGAAAUCUGCUAGGUCUGUUAUGCUGGCGCAGACAGAAUUGGAGGGGGGUGCGAGUGAGAAUGAGUGUAAGGAGAGGAAAGAGGAAGUGGAAGAAGGUGCGAUUGAGGUUGAGAGCAAGGGGAUGAACGAGGUAGUGGAAGGGGGUGCGAUUGAGGGGGAAAAGGAAGGGAGGGAAAGUGGUAUGGAGGAGGUGUGUGAGAGAGAGAUGGAGGUGAAGGGUGAGGAGGGUAGGGAGGAGGGAUGUGUGGAAGAGGAGGAGGGGGGGAGUGUGAGAUCAGAGGAGAAAGAGGAGUUUUACGAGGCAGAGGAUGGGGAGCAAGGGGGGGAUGAAGAGGGGAAGGAGGAGGGGAGGCAGGAAGAGGAGGAGGAGGAGGAGGAGGAGGAGGAGGAGGAGGAGGAGGAGGAGGAGGAGGAGGAGGAGGAGGAGGAGGAGGAGGAGGAGGAGGAGGAGGAGAAGGAGGAGGAGGAGGAGGAAGGGGAGGAGCCGGAGGUGAGAGAGGAGGUGUUGCAGGUGGAAGAAACAGAGGAGGGAGAAGGGGACGGAGAGGAGGACAUAGUAGAGGAGGUAAAGGAGGAGGUAGGGGCGGAAGAGGAGGUAGAGGAGGAGGAGGAAGAGGACGAAGAGGCCCACCGUGUGUCGAGAUGGCCGUUGGAGUCCCGAUCCCUAGUCCAGGGCAUUUUUGGCCAGCUGGCAGCCAAGCUGGCACCUGCUGACGUGGCAACCUUCCGGGAGGUGGUUUCCCGGAACCUUCCAGACGUGGCUGUGGAGGAGACGGGCGAUGCUGAGCUGGCAGCGGCGGUGGAGGUGGUGUGUGAGAGGGAGGGGUACGUGGCGAGCUGUGAUUGGACGAGGAAGGUGCUGCAGAUGGCGAGGUUGAUGGGGCUGCAUCAGGGGAUCAUGCUGGUGGGGCCGCCUGCUGGGAAGACCACUGCUUGGAGAGUGCUGCGUGAGGCCUUAGAGACAUCGCAAGGCGUACAGGUGUCGGUGACAGUGGUGGAUCCAAAGAGUCUUUCCAAGGAGGCGCUGUUUGGGAGCGUUGAAGCCACCACCCGGGAAUGGAGUGGCAGGACGGCGCGUUCACCCAAUGCUCUUCUCUCUCCCCCCUCUUUCUUCUCCCCUGCCUCUCCUCCCUGCGUGCAGUGCUACGGCAAUGCAGGGAGGGGCGACACAAGGAGGGAAGAUAAGGGGAGGCGGCGGCACUGGUUUGUGUUUUAUGGGGAGGUGGACCCAAUCUGGAUUGAGACGCUCAACUCGCUGCUGGAUGACAAUAAGGCGAACGCCUCUCGCUCCUCCCCCACAUGGACUGCAUAUGCGAAUGCCCCUCUUUUGGCCACGCCACUAUACCCCUCUGCGCCCCUCCCCUCCCCUUUACAUUCAGGUUAUGACUCUACCCACAGGAGAGCGCCUGCCUCUCCAACCUCACAUGCACUGCAUAUUCGAGUGCCCCUCCAUCUCACUCACCCACAACACUCUGCAUUCUGCCCCCCUCUCCCACGCUCCCCACCCCGUCUGCCCUCCCCUGCCACCCAUCAGGUCAUGACUCUACCCACAGGAGAGCGCCUGCCCCUCCUCCCCCACAUGCACUGCAUCUUCGAGUGCCCCUCUCUCGCCCACGCCACCCCUGCCACCAUCUCUCGUCUCAGGGUAGUCUGCUUCCCCCCUCCCUCCUCACCGUUCCACCUACUUCUCCCCUUCGCCCCCUCCCUCCCCUGCCACCCAACAGGUUAUGACGUUGCCAACAGGAGAGCGCCUGCCUCUCCUCCCCCACAUGCACUGCAUCUUCGAAUGCCCCUCUCUCGCCCACGCCACUCCCGCCACCAUCUCCCGCCUCGGAGUGGUGGGGGAAAAGAUGAGGUGGCAUGCCGUGCCACGUCAGAGCAGCUGCUGAGCUGUUUCGCUGACGUGGCGAGCGGCCAUUGGAAGCCGUGGGAGGCGGCUCUGCCUGGAUUGGCUGAUGCUGAUGCUGCUGUUGGGGGGUGCUUCGGGGAUGAGGAGGAGGUGGAAGAGGGAGAGGAGGGAAGUGAGGAGGAAGAGGAGAGGAGUAUGAGCUACAGAAGGAGUAAUUCUUCGUUUAUCGCUGACCUGGAGCAGCACUGUCGGUAUGUCAAGCUCCCUGCUGGUGGUGCUCGUGGUGGUGGUGGUGUUGGUGUUGGUGCUGCUGGUGGGUCACACGAAACAACAGCAGCAGCAGCAGCAGCAGCAGCAGGGGUGGUUUCGACAUCAGCAUCAGCAUCAGCAGUGGCAGCAGCAGCCGCCACCUCCAGUGUCAACUGGGCGUUAGAACCUAAGGAUCCAGUGCCUGCUGAUGGUCGUCUGCUGCUGCUGUUAGAUGAGGUUAAUCUCCCCGCCCCUGACGCUUUUGGCACCAUCCGCAUGGCCGGCCUGCUUCGGCAGCUAGCGGAGCCGCAGCUGAUUCCGCAGGCGGCGGGCGGGGUGGGCGGCGGUAGUGGGGAAAGCAGCAGGAAUGGCGAUACGCACGGCAGCAGCAGCAAUAACGUUGGCAGUGGUGGUGGUGGUGGUGCUAGCAGUGGUAGUAGCAGCAGCAGUGGAGGGAGCGGUGGGUAUGCGUAUGGGUUCUGGCACCCCAAGAGGCGCGUUUGGGUGCAACUGAGGCGGGUGUCAUUUGCAGCCACUUGCAAUCCGGCUUCUGACGUGGGCAGGCAUGAACUGCCUGUACGCCUGACCAGGCAUCUCACUGUUGCGCAUGUGCCGUUCCCGUCUGGUGCGGCUCUUACGAGGAUAUACAGCACCUUUAUAAGGGGGAUAUUGGCCCGGUACGGGCCUGGGGUGGUAGUGGAGGCGCAGGGGAAUCCUCAGGUGGUUUCUCAGGUGGUUUCUCAGGUGGGUUCUCAGGUGGACCCUCAGGUGGUUUCUCAGGUGGGUGCGACCCUGGCAGCGGCGAUGGUGGAGGUGUAUGAGGCGUGUGGGGCGAGGUUUACCCGGGCAGUGCAGCAGCACUACGUGUGCAGUCCUAGGGAGCUUACCAGAUGGACUAGAGGCAUCCGAUUCGCCCUGGUGCAUGGGCAGAAAGCGGUUAAGAGGGGUACGGGGGGGACAGGAGGCGAGCGGACGGAGAAAGGGGCGGUUGAGAGGGGUGACAAGGGUGGAGUGAGUGGUAAGGGGCGUGUGAGUGCUGGUGGUGCGAGAUUGUAUGGUGGUGUGGGGAUGGUUGGAGCGACAAGUGCACAUACAGGCGUUGGUGGUGCUGCUGUGGGUGGUGAUGGGGAGGACAAUUGGGCGGCAAGGCUUGUCCUGACGUGGCUGCAUGAGGGGAUGCGGAUCUGGUAUGAUAGGCUGGUGGGGGAGGAGGAGAGGGAGUGGACGGCGAAGCUGCUGCUGCGGGUGGCAACAGAAAAGAUACUCCCGAUGCUCGUGCCUCUUGUAGGGAACACUCUUGUAACGAGUACAGGGAAUCCUGUAGCUGUUGCUGAUGGUGUUUCUGAUGGUGUUCCUGCUGUGCCUUUCUCGCUACCUGCCGACCCGAGCCGGUUGGUGUUUUCGUCGCUUCUGACGGGGCGGUACGAGCCGUGCGCGGUGAGCCACCUGAAAAAGCACCUGAAGUGGGCCCUGACAGGGGAGGCCCCGGAUGCCGCAGGAGGGGCAGGUGCCGGCCAGGUGAAACCAGGUGUUUCUUCAGGUGCUGGGGCAGCAGAAAAGGGCGGGGACAGGAGAGGAGGAGCAGGAAAGCGGGCAGCAGGCAGCAGAACAGGGGAGGUGGAGGAGGAAAUGGGGAGGAAGGUUUUGGAAGAAUCAGAAGAACUGGGGAUGGAGAAGGGGGAGGCGCAAGCAGGGGAGGUGCAAGCAGGGGAGGUGGUAUUGAUCGAUGAGUUUGUGUGUGCGGUGGUGAGAGCAGCAUCGGUGCUGCAGCAGCCCAUGGGACAUCUGCUGCUGCUUGGUCCUCCUGCGACUGGGAAAUCGACCGUUGCCAGAUCCGCAAUCGCUGCGACGGGAUUGGUGGAGGUGCGGGUGGCGCUACACGCGGGAUUCGAAGAGCGCGAGCUGGACGGCCCGCUGGAGGAGGCGCUGCGGGCGGCGGGGUGCGACGGGCGGCGCGUUUGUCUUGUUCUGGAGGAGGCGCAUCUGGUGGAGAGCGCUGUCUUGGAAAGACUCAACUCGCUUCUCACAGGGGGGGAUGUUCUUGGUCUGUUUGGAGUGGAAAAGCAACAGGAGCUGCUUGAAUUCCUUCGCGUGGCUUCUGAGCCGGAGGAGGAGGUGUGGGCGGGGUUCAGGAGGAGGAUCCAAUCCAACCUGCACGUGGUGCUGACGAUGGCCAGCCAGGGCAGCGCGCACAUGCGCCAGAGCAUGCUGGCGUCCCCGGCUCUCUUCAACCGCUGCACCGUGCUCUGGCUACCGCCCUGGGGGGACACGGGUCUGGCUCCGCUUGCUCGGAGUCGCCUCGCCGGUGUUUCGCUGGUUCACCCUGUCUCAGCCGCAGCUGCUGCAGCAGCAGGAGGAGCAGGAGGAGGAGCAGGAGGAGGAGUAGGAGGAGGAGCAGGAGGGGCAGGAGGAAGAGGAGACUCCAAGCAGAUUGAUAUGCUGGCUGAUGCUGCGGAUGGUGGUGCUGCUGGUGGGGCUGGGGAAGCGAAGGAGAGGCAGCUGCUGGCGGAGCUUCUGGUGGCAAUUCAUGGCUGCGCUGUUAGUGCUGUUAGCGAGUCGCUCAAUAACAGAGCUUUUGGGAAGGCUGGGCUGGGAGGGGAGCAGCAGCAGGAGGGGAGCUUGCAGCAUUCGCUCUCCCCAGACUCUCUCAUCUCCCUCCGCUCCUUCUCAGACCUCCUCACCCACUUCCACUCCUCUGUCUCCCACUCGCACCGCCGCGCACACCGCACCUUCCAGCACCUCUCCCUGGGCCUCACGAAAGUCACCGCCGCAGAGCACCGCGUAGUACUCCUCCGAAAACACUUGGAGCUCAAAUCAAAGGAACUCCAAGUGAAAGAGGCUGCUGCGAACGGGAAGCUGCAGCAGAUUGCGGCUGAGCAAGCGCUAGGGGAGAGGCAGAGGAAGGAAGCCCAGGGGCUGAUUGCGAGGUUGGACGAGCAGGCAAGGAGUGUGGAGAGGCACCGGAGGGAGGCGCAGGAGAAUCUGGAAAGGGUAGAGCCGGCGGUUGAUGCGGCGAAAACUGCAGUGAAGUCGAUCAGGAAAUCCCAGCUGGACGAUUUGAAGGCCAUGCCGAAUCCACCGAGCGCAAUUAAACUGACCCUCGAGGGUGUAUGUCUCCUCCUGACGGGUUUAAAGCCCACCACGUGGCAGGGCAUUCUCUCUGUCGUGCGGCGAAACGACUUCAUCCCCUCUAUACUGGGAUGCGAUAUGGAGGCCAUAGACCCCGUGCUGGUGCUGCGCGUGAAGCGAGAGUACCUGGACGCGCGAGUCAUUUCCUUUGACGCUGUGAACAGGGCAAGCAAGGCGUGUGGGCCGCUGUUCUCGUGGCUGGAAGCAGCGGUGCAGUAUGGGGAGAUCAUCCGGGCCGUGCAGCCCAUGAGGGCCGAGAUGGAGCAGCUGGAGGGGGAGGCGGGGAGCAUGGCGGAAGAAUUGCAACACGUGCAGGAGUCCAUUGGCAAUCUGGAGGAGCGCAUGGAAGCAUGCCGCGACGAGCACUCCCUCCUCCUCUCCGCCUGUGAAGCCAUGCGAGCCGACAUCCACCAAUCAAAGCUCGCCAUGCAGCGAGCCGCCAGCUUAGUCAAAGACCUGACGUACGAGCGUGACCGUUGGAUGAAGCAGCGCGAGAUGCUCAAGAGUCGGGCGGCGGCGUGCUUAGGCGACGCUUUGCUAAGAGCCGCGAGUCUGGCGUAUCUGGGUCCGCUGGAGUUGGCUGAAAGGCAGCGGCUUUUAGCUAAGUGGCAGGAGGUGGUGGGUUCCCGCGGGUUGAAGUUCUCGCAAGGGGGUGUGCUGAGGGGUGAGGUGGGGUUGGAUGGGGUUCAAGAGAGGGGAGCGGAGGGGGGUGAGGAGGGGUGGGGAGGGGUGGAGGAGGAUGAGGAGGUGGAGGAGGAGCGGGCGAAAUGGGAGGCGAUGGGGUUACCACAGGACGAGUAUGCGUUACAGAACGCAGAAUCGGUGCUUAAGUGCCGGAGGGUGCCUCUCCUUGUGGACCCUUCUGGAAGAAUGGUUGAGUUCCUUCGGAAGGUUCUCUCCUGCUCCGCCCCUGCUGCUACAGCUGAGACUGCUACAGACGGAAGCACCGAAUCCGCUACAGCCGAGUCUGUUAUAUCUGAUUCUGGUGCUACAGCCAAAAAUGUUCCUGGUUUGAGUGACAGCAAGGGUUCAGGAGAAGGGAAGCAGGAAGGGGGGGUGGUGUGUGUGAGUGCACAGGAGGAAGAGAGUGUGUUGGCUCGUGCAGCGGAGAAGGCAGUCAGAUUCGGUCUCCCGUUGAUCAUCAGAGACGUUUCACAAAUGAGCUCCAUUCUCUCCUCCCUCCUCCUCUCCUCCCCCUCCUCCUCCUCAUCCUCCUCUCACUCCCUCCUCUCCUCUCCGCCCUCCUCGCUCUCCUCACCCACUCUCUCCCUCACUCCCUCCCUGUCCAAAAUCCGUCUGCUGAACCGAGAAAUCGACGUUUCUCCCUCCUUCCGCCUCUUCCUUACGACCGAGUCCCUCCUCCCUCCUCUCUCCCCCUCUCUCUUAUCCAAAACUGCGGUGGUAACCACCGGAAUCUCGCCCUCCUGGCUGCGUCAACACCUGCUGAGCCGCGUGAUUGGCCGGGAGCGCGCUGACGUGGCGCAGCAGCGGGACCGGGCGGCGGCGCUGCAGGAGAGAUGCCGAAGGAGAUUGCGCCAGCUGGAAGGGAGAUUGCUUGAGGUGCUGACGUCACCAGAAGAGGACGGGACAGAAGCGGGAGGUGUGGUAACAGGGAGCGUGGCUGUGACUCCUGCUCGUGCGGCUGGGAGUGGUGGUGGUGGUGGUGGUAGUGUCAGCAGCACCCCUCCUCCUACUUUCAGCAUGUUUAGCGGAUUGAAACGACCGUCAGGAGUGGCAGCAACAGCAACAGCAACAGCAGCAGCAGCAGCAGCAGCAGCAGCAGCAGUGGCAGCACAAACGCCAGUGGGAGUCUCUCUGUCUUCCCGAGCCCUCGAAUCGCCAAUCCCCACGCCAGCCCCUCUCCCUCCUGUAAUGGACGACUCAACAGUCUCAAAAACCCUCGCUCAGAUUAAAAAGGAUGCAGCAGCAGUCAAGGCGAAGGCCAGAGAGGUGCGGCUGGUAAUGAGACAAGUCGACGCCGUCCGGACGCUGUACGCCCCGCUGGCGGACGUCGGCGCGGCGGCGUUUUUCGUCCUUUCUGGGGCGGCUGCCGCCCUGCAGCAGCCGCUGUACAGAUUCUCGCUGGAUUUCUUCCUGCGGGCGUUUGACGAUGCGAUUUCGGCUGCUAGUGGUGAACUGUGUGGGAAAUCCGUGGCAGAAGGGGAGGAAGCAGCAGCAACAGCAGAAGCACAGUCAGAAGGUGCUGUAGCUGUGAAGCCAAGAGUGCGGCAGUUGGUGGCAGCAGUACUGAGUGAGCUUAUAACGAGGACAGCAGAGGCAACAGAGUACCGGCACCACCUACCUGUGGCCCUCGCCCUAUCCCGCUGCGCCAGGCUGGCAGAUGACGUGGACUGGGUGGGCUUGGCUACAACCGUCUCUGCCAAGUAUGCUACAGGGCUGGCUAUUGAAAGUGAUGCUUCACCUGAUGCUACAGCCUCUGCUAAAGCUGCAGAAACAGGCAGAGCAGCAGGGGAGAUUGAAGCUGCUGUGAAAGAGGAGCUGCAGCAUCUGACUGCCGAGGCAGCUUAUAACGAUUAUGAAGCGAGGGGGUGUGCAGCAAUGGAGGCAGUGGUUGGGUUUGUCGAGUCAAUGGCAGUCAACGCUGACGACGCAGUGGCAGCAGCACAGCGGGCGGUGGAGACAGGAGCGAGGGAGGGGCGGUGGGUGGUGCUGUGCAAUGCCCACCUGGCCCUAUCCUUUGAGGUGCCUCACAUCGCUCCCAAGCUGGUGGAGGCAUGUGACGUGCUGGUCAUGGAGGCACCGGCUGGAGUCAAAGGCAGCAUGCAGAGAUCUCUGGAUUCCAUUCUCUCGCUCUCGGCCAGAGGUAGCAGCCAGUGGAGCGAGCAGCAGGGAAAGAGAAACCUGGAGGAAGAAGCAGAGAGGGGCAGCGGGCGGAGUGGGGUUGCUGUGGAAAAGAGGCGGCAGGGGAAGCAGCAGCAGCAGAUGCUGCAAGUGCGAGGGGGAGAUGAGCAGGAGGAGGGGGAGGAGAGGCAGAGGCGGAGGCAGAUGCUGCGGGUGCGAGUGGGAAUGGCAUGGGUGCAUGCAGUGCUGCAGGAGAGGGUUCACUACGUGCCCAGGGGGUGGCUGUGCCCUUAUACCUUCAUGGACCAUGAUCUCACCUGGGCGCUCUCCCUGCUCCAAGCCUGGCAAGCAGACAGCCCUGUCAACCUGACGCCCCUCAACUGCCUACCAGCAGACCUCACCUGGGCGCUCUCCCUUCUACAGGCAUGGCAGGCAGACAGCCCUGUCCACUUGACACGCAUGAACUGCCUACCAGCAGUGCGAACCCUGCUACUCGACAUAGCUUAUGUACUCAAGUUGGAGUCCCCUGCAGACCACCACUUGAUUUUUCCCCUUGUCACCGAUUCUCACCUCUUCUCGCCGUUUCCCACCCCUUUCCACCCUUUUCCACACCUACAGGACCUCACUUGGGCUCUAUCCCUGCUGCGGGCAUGGCAAGCAGACAGCCCCACCAGCCUAACACCCGUCAACUGCCUGCCAGCAGUGCAAACGCUCCUCCUAGACAUUGCCUACGGGCUCAAGAUGGAAUCCCCUGCCGACCAUGCCACUCUCUCCCGCAUCGUCUCGCACGUGUUUGGCGAUCCCAAGGCAUUUUUCGCGCCACGAUUCGCCCUCUCUCUCGCCCCUGCUGCUCCUGGUGGUGGUGCGGCUGCUGGUGAUGCGGUAACCAGCGUGUCGGCGUUACUCAACUUACCGGAUGAGGACAGUGAGGAGGCGUACACCAGCUGGGUCCAAUCACUGCCCGCCACGUGUCCACCUGAGUGGCUGGGGCUGAAGGCUGGGGAGGAUAGUGUAAGGCCAGAAACCACUCUUUCCGCAACAUCUGAGUAUGCUUCAAGACGUCUUGCAACUCUUCCCACGGAGACCGAAUCUGCAGCAGCAAAUUCUGCUGAAUUUCCUCCCUCCCUCGUGGCUGGACUUUCCGAACCUAGAGGCUCGGCCAGGCCUGCCGAACCUACAGAUCCGGCAGGCUCUGCUACAGCUCGUACAGCCUCUGCCGAGCAUGCAUCGGAGCAAGGAGAGAAAGGGGAAGAAGACAAGAAGAAUAUAGAUGCAACAGCUGCUUCUGGUGUGAGUGCAGCAGAGGGAAGCGAGAAAGGGGAGGAAGAGGACAAGGGAUUAGAUGCAGCAGCUGCUUCGGGAGGGAGCGCAGAGGAGGAGGGUGCAAGGUCGGUCGGUGGGGCUGCAGAGAAUGAGAAGGUGACUGGUGGGGAAGCAAAGAAUGUGAAGACGGCUGGUGGGGAGGCAGAGAACGAAGAGGAAGAGGAGGCAGAGGAGGAGAAGGAGAUGGAGAAGGAAGGGACGAGAGGGGUGGAGAUGGAUGGGGGAAAACAGACUGCGAAGGGAGGAAAGGACGGGACAAGAGCGGAGGGCGUGAGUGGUGAGGAGCUGAAGGGGGAGGGCGUGAGUGGGCAGCAGCAGAGGGGUGAGCGCGUGAGUGGGCAGCAGCAGAGGGGUGAGGGCGUGGAGCAGAAGGAAAGGGAGGAGGAGGGUGAGUUGAAGGGAGGGGAAAUGAAGGGAGAAGAGGUGAAGGGAGAAGAAGCGGAGGAGGAUGAGGAAGUGAAGGUUGGGCCAGCGGAUUUGGGGAUGGAAAAGGUGGAUGAGGCACUUGCAGCAGCAGAAGAGGCAAUCAUGCCGAAAGCUAAAAGCACUGAUGCUGCUGGUAGUGCUGCUGGUGGUGGUGCUGCUGCUGGUGCUGGUGCUGGUGCUGGUGGUGGGAAUGUUACUAGUAGUGUGGCGAAUGUUACAAGUAGGGUGGGAGAGAAGAGAGGAGGAGAGGAGGAAUUGGUGGAUGCAAAUGUUACAACCAAGGUGGGAGGUGAUAAGGGAGGUGAGAAGGAAGCGGGAGUGGUGGGGAAGAGAGGGGGUGAGGGGGGGACUAAAGAGGAGGCAGGAUUGGCUGGGGAAGAGGAGGAGGUGGAGGAGGAGGAGAAGAAGGAGGAGGAGGAGGAAGCGGCAGAGGAAACGGAAGAGGGCAAAGCAGAGGACGCAGCUGCAGCACAGGAGGUUGAAGAGCUAGCGACAGAGACGAAGGAGGGUGCAACUAAAGACAGCUGGAGGGUUAGCAAAGCAGGUCGUGAGGCAGGUGGAAAGGCAGGCGGCGAAGGCUCCACAGCAGCAGAGGAGGUUGAUGAGUUAGCGGCAGAGACAAAGGAAGGUGAAGAAUUGGAUGCAUCUUUGGUAGGUGGUCCUGCUGCAAAAGCCACUGGGGGAAAGGGUACAGCGACGAGUAGCUGGAGGGUCAGCAAAGCAGGUAGCAAGGCAGGUGGCGAAGGCUCAACAGCAGAAGCUGCCACAGCAGCAGGGGAAACGGAUGUUUCCGUGGUUGAUUUAGCUGCUGCAAACGCCACUGAUGGAGAGGGGUUGUCCGAAAAAGAAACGCUUACAGGAGCAGAGCUUACAGGGAAUAGUGUGAUGAGAGGAGAAGAGGAGACGCGUGGGUCUACUCAAAGGUCGAAAGACCCGGCCGGAAAGGGCACGUUCGGGAAGGGUACUCUUACCGGAGCAGAUCUUACAGGGGAUAGUGUGAUGAGAGAGGGAGAAAGGGGAGAGGACGAAGAGGAGAGGGAGGGUGAAGGGGAGGAGCAGGCGCAGGGGGUUUUGGGUGAACGGCAGGGGAAGAAGGGAGGUGGCACGGAGGGGGUGAGAGUGGGAGAGGGAGAAAAGGGAGAGGAAGAGGAGCGGGAGGAGGAGAGGGAGGAGCAGGGGGAGGGGGGUUUGGGCGACAAUAUUGCUGUUACUGAGCGGCCGGGGAAGAAGGGAGGUGGCUUAAAGGGGGUGCGAGUGGGAGAGGGAGGGGAAGGAGGAGGAAGGGAUGAGGUAAGGAGAGAGGAGGAUGCAGAAAGGGAAGAAGAGGAGGGAGAGGAGGAGGCGGAGAUGAGAGCAGAGGAGGGAGGAGAGGAAGCGCUUUUGCACAGCAGGUCUCCGGGUAAAAAUGGGAAGGGUGGUGCAGCUGAGGGUGGGGUUGAUGGCGGGGUUGAGGGUGGUGCUGAGAAGGGGGCAUUGGAUGCAGAAGCAGCAGCAGAGGAAGGAGACUCGGUGGCAGAUGGACGAGUAGAUGGAAAGCCAACACCAGCAGCAGAAGCAGCUGCUGCUUCCAAGAAGGAUGCUGAGGGAAAGAGAGGAAAAGGAGGUGGUGCUGGUGAUUUUAGGAAGAGAACAGAUGGAGAGGAGGAGUUACCUGCUGCACAAGAAGAGGGGGAGAGUGAGGAUCGGGGUGAGGAGGCUGGGGAGAAAAGGGGAAAAGGAUUCGUUGGUAGUGAUGCGAGGAAAGGAACAGAUGGAGAGGAGGAGAGGGGACAAGGUUUAGUUGGUAGUGAUACCAGGAAAGGAACAGAUGGAGAGGAAGAGUAUGGUGCAGAAGAAGGGGCGAGAGAGGGGGAGAGAGAGGAUGGGAGUGUGGGGGGAAGGGAGGAGGAGGGUGAGUGGGCAAUGCCUGGAGACGACUUCGCUGCUGAAGAAGCACCUGAAGAUUCACCUGAAAAUUCACCUGAAGAUGCACUUGAGGGUUCGGCUGAGGAAGACGAGUAUCCUGCAGAAGGGGCGAACAGGGGGCGGGUUUCAGGUGGUAAGAAUGCAGGUGCAGUGACAGGUGAAAGAGGAGCAGGAGGGUUUCAGGCGUCUGAGAGUGAAGGAAAAGACAGUCUGCUGAAUGGAAAAGGAGCAGGGGCAGGGAGGCUUGGUGGGGGCGGUGGUGCUGGUGGUGGUGGUGGUGGUAGGGGGGGGUCACCUUAUGGGGGAGAGGAGGAUGAGUAUGGAACGCUUCAGGAUUUCGGUCCUUCCAAUCCAAAAGCAGCAGCAGGAGCAGGGGCAGGAAAGCUUGGUGGUGGUGGUGGUGGUGGUAGGGGUGGUGGGGGUGGUGGUGCGGGUAGUGGCAGGGAGUCUCCGUAUGGGGGAGAGGAGGAUGAGUAUGGAACACUUCAGGAUUUCGGUCCUUCCAACCCAAAAGCAUCAGCAGCAGAAGCAGCAGCAGGAGAAGCAGAGGAAAGAGGCACAGCAGCAAAAGCGGAGGCUGCAGCAGCAGGAGAAGAAGGAGAUGAAAUGUCCCAAUCAGGAAGCUCCAAGGCAACUCUGCCCUCAGAGCAAGAUCUCACCCCACCCUCCUUGCCUCCCUCCUUCAAUCCCCCCGUCUCUUCGUCGUCCUCCUUGGAACCCUCUUCUGCUUCUUCUCCCUCCCUCUCCUCUCCCUCCUCCCAGCCCUCCCUCUCUUCUCUUCUUGCCUCAACCUUAGAGCCUGUUCUGGCUCCCUUAGCAUCACUUCUCAGCACCUUCCUCCCUUAUGCCGAGGCCCAAACAGCAGCCUUCUGUCUCCUGCUAGGCCUUCUCGCCGCUCUCGCACUCUCCCUCUGCGUCUGCUGCCUCUGCUGCUGCCGAACCGGCGAGGCCGGGGGCAGGUUCGGCGGGCUGGGAGGUCCGGCGUACGCGAAGGUUCCAGGAAAGGAGUGA